ACUAUACGAGGCGGAAUCGAUGAUUCAAGAUACUCGCAGGAACGUGUUGAGCCUUAACUGACGUCUUGCUUCGUCAGACGUCAUUCUGUACUGGAUAUGAUGUGCUUGAUUGGUGCCUUCGACGCGCGUAACACUGGACAGUUCGCCCUGAAAGAAGUUUCGGCUGAGUGAGAAACACCGCAAGAGACCAGGUGCUCAAAUACUCCUCGAUUCAGUUUCUCCGUCCCCGCCUUGGCCCUCGUAUGUUUCUGCACUCACCCGUCAUGGUCCUCCUCGCUCUUUGGCUCCUCAUCGUCGCCCCAACCCUAGCAGUCGCUAAAAAAAACUCUAAACGAGGCAUAACGUUCCCCGCUACGAAUAACCCCCAGGAUGUUCUCAACAUAAAUCAAACACAAAGUGUUAUAUCGUGGAUAUACGACUGGGCACUCUCGCCGCCGAGUUACCUCGUCAAUACAAGCAUCGAGUACGUCCCUAUGCAAUGGGGCGCAGGUAAUAUCGAGAACCUCGCAUCAGCUAUUAAGAACCAAAGUGCCAAGACGUUAUUGACGUUUAACGAACCGGACUUUGAUCAACAAUCGAACCUAGAUGCUACAUAUGCCGCCGAGUUAUGGCAAAAGUACAUCGAUCCGCUGAAAGACGAGGGCGUUCGUCUCGGAGGCCCUGCUAUCACCAGUUCUAGUACAGGACUUCCAUGGCUAAGACAGUUUAUGACUGCAUGCUCGAACUGUACUAUUGAUUUCCUGACGGUUCACUGGUACGGCGAGGGUACCGCAGGAUUUUAUGAUUAUCUUUGGUCUCUUCAUGGUCAAUACCCCAACCACACAGUGUGGGUGACCGAAUACGCAGACACAGAGGGGAACGCAACCGAUGUCCUCCAAUUCAUCAACCAAACUACCACAUAUUUGGAAAGUCUUGAUUGGAUUGAACGAUAUGCAUGGUUCGGUUACUUCGUAUGUCACAUUUGCUUGUCUAUCACAUCCACUCAUUCUCUCUCAGAGACCCGAGAACAGCACAUUCUAUAAUCUCUUGGACGCUGAUGGCGGCCUUAAUGCUCUCGGGCAAACAUACAUCGGAGCUGGAACUGUCGAGAGAAGUGGCCCCGCAACGGCUUCACCUACGACAGAAGGAGCUGGUCCAACUGACUCGUUUGUCACGAUAUCCGCACCGACGAAUGUUGCAACGCACGUCAUCUCUGGUGCUUCUAGCCAUCGCUCGUGGGGAAGCAGUGGACUGUGGAUGCUCAGCUGCCUGGUCGGAACAAUGUGGCUCAUAAAUUGAUAGACCAACUGGUCGCAUGGUUAUUUUAUUACUUUGUACUUAAGAUUCAUCGGGUAUUAUUGGCUAAUUUUUACGGGCACUUAUUUAGAAAGCGGUAUCCAUAAUGGAAUGAAGUUGCCUUUUUCAGAUUCGC